CAAUUUGGUACGCAAAAAACAAUUUCAAAGUCUUUUUUAAUUUCUGCUGAAUUAUUCAAACCUCUCGGCGAGGAAGAAGAAAUGGCGAUUUGCAUGUGUUGCGAGUCGCGGAUCGUACCGAAAUCGAUAGUGAAUCCAUGGAUAUCUCCGAGGAGAACGAAGCUAGGUUUCGUAGCGAUCAGUCCGAGUUCAACCACGAUUCGCCGUUCUCCGGCCACCGUCAGGGCAUCGGCGGUUGAUUCCCCCGAGAGCUCUUCAAAUUUCGCUAAGCGUAUGGAACAAGCCUGGCUUAUCUCUCAGCAACCAAGACCCGUUGGGUGUUCAUCGUGCAAUUCAAAGGGUCAUGUUGAAUGCAAAUGGUGUGCGGGUACAGGAUUCUUCAUCCUCGGUGAUAACAUGCUUUGCCAGGUUCCUUCUAGGAAUACUUCUUGUGUUAUCUGCUCCGGGAAGGGUUCCGCUUGCUGUAGCGAUUGCAAGGGAACUGGGUUUCGUGCCAAAUGGUUGGAAAAGCCUCCAGUGCCAUUGUAGUUGAUGAACAAAACCAAGUUAAGUCUUUUGGCAUUUGAUGAUUUUUAUACGGAGUACAAAUGUUUACAUUGAUUCAAGUAAAAUAUGAAUACAUUUUCUUUGUACAUGUAUUUUGUAUAAAUAUAUCAAUGUAUGUUCGUUUCUUA